AGAGAGAGAGUGAGAGAGAGAAAAGGAGAGAGAGAGAGAGAAAGAGAGAGAGGUGCGAAAUCGAAAAGGGGGCAAAAAUCUUUCUUGUUAUCCGUUUUCGUUCGCUCUCCGCCUUUUCUGUUCCCUCUAGGGUUUCCUCUUGCGACCCCGCACGCCGAAGAGAAGAGGACGACGAGAUGGGCUUCGACGCCAUGGCCAACGACGCCUCCGCUCACGCAUCGAACCCUAAGGACGCCGCGAAGAAGAAGCGGGGCAAUCGCUCGGCGAAAUUGAAGCAAUGCAAGCUCGAUGCGCGGCGCGAGCAGUGGCUCUCUCAAGUUAAGAGUAACAAGGAUGGAAAGAUCACGAGCACCUGCGCGGUGUCUCCUUCCGUCGCCUCGCCGCAUUCCCACCCACCUCUUUCCCAGACGGGGAAGGAUGGUGCGGAGACGAGGCGGCGGCGGGAGGAGGACGAGCGAGACGACUCGUCUCUGCAUGAGAUGAGCGAUUUGGACUCCCCGACGCAUAGCCCGACCUCGAAUGCCUCGGCAAACCCUUCACGCAAUGCCCAAUCGAUCAUCAAUAUCUUGAGCAGCAGCGGCAGCAGCAUUGGAUCCAGCUCAAGAAGCGUAAGCGACGAAGAAGAAGAGGAAGCGGGCAAGCGGGAUCAGGGAGAAGACGGCGGCGUCUUGGACGAUUGGGAAGCGGUUGCCGAUGCAUUGACGGCCGGCAAUGAUCCAGGCGGCCAGGAAUCCGGUCCUCAAAUGGCGCAAGCCGACCCUGUGGCUUCCCCUGGUUCUGCGGAUGUUGGACCGUGCCGCCGAGCCAGCACCCAUCCCGAGCCCGUUUGUCGUGCUCCUAGGGCUUGGAGGCCGGACGAUGCUUUCCGUCCUCAGAGCCUACCGAGUAUUUCGAAGCAAAGAAGCUUCACGAUGGGAAUGGAGCGGCACUGGGGAGGGCCUAGCCAGAAGGGCAUCCUCUCUUUGCCGUCUUCAUGCCCUAUUUGCUGUGAAGAUCUCGAUUCUACCGAUUCUAGCUUUCUCCCGUGCUCAUGCGGCUUCCGCCUCUGCCUCUUUUGCCACAAGAGGAUUCUUGAGGCGGAUGGGCGAUGCCCUGGAUGUAGGAAGCAGUAUGAUACAGCGCCAGGGGGAAUAGAUGGUAAUGGAGGAGCGGUGCCGUUGCUACCGCUGCGGCUUUACCGUUCUUGUAGCAUGAGUUCUAGAUAUUAAUAAUAGCCGGAGGGUGUUAUUUUAGUCCUAUUUAUCCUACUUCGUGCUAUAGUUGUGUUAAAGUACUUAUACUAGUUGAUCAAGUUUUGGUUUUUGCAAGAAAGAAAUGUGAAUAGCUGCAUACAAUCUGAAGCUUGAUAAAAUGGUCUCAGGAAGUGUGUGUUUGUGUAUGUCUUUGGGAGUGAAUUUUUACAUAAUCUGUAGUGCAUAUGUUGCUGGAGAGGACAUUUUCUUGUUUAUAUUUUACCGGAUAUAAAAUACUAGUUAUAUCGGAUUCGUGCUUUAUUUGUUUGAUUC